CUUCCUCUGGACUUCCACAAAACUACAAUCCUAACUGACCCUAGAAAGUCCACCUCAGUGGAUGUGCUGCUGAUAAACCUCAUCAGGGGGAAACUGCUUCCCUCUGCUCGCCUCUGGAUAACCACACGACCUGCAGCAGCCAAUCAGAUCCCUCCUGACUGUGUUGGCAUAGUGACAGAGGUCAGAGGGUUCACUGACCCACAGAAGGAGGAGUACUUCAGGAAGAGGUUCAGAGAUGAGGAGCAGGCCAGCAGGAUCAUCUCCCACAUCAAGACAUCACGAAGCCUCCACAUCAUGUGCCACAUCCCAGUCUUCUGCUGGAUCACUGCUACAGUUCUGGAGGAUGUGCUGGAAACCAGAGAGGGAGGACAGCUGCCCAAGACCCUGACUGAGAUGUACAUCCACUUCCUGGUGGUCCAGGCCAAAGUGAAGAAGGUCAAGUAUGAUGGAGGAGCUGAGACAGAUCCACACUGGAGUCCAGAGAGCAGGAAGAUAAUUGAGUCUCUGGGAAAACUAGCUUUUGAUCAGCUGCAGAAAGGAAACCUGAUCUUCUAUGAAUCAGACCUGACAGAGUGUGGCAUCGAUAUCAGAGCAGCCCCAGUGUACUCAGGAGUGUUCACACAGAUCUUUAAAGAGGAGAGAGGACUGUACCAGGACAAGGUGUUCUGCUUCAUCCAUCUGAGUGUUCAGGAGUUUCUGGCUGCUCUUCAUGUCCAUCUGACCUUCAUCAACUCUGGACUCAAUCUGCUGGAAGAAAACCAAACAACCUCCUGGUGGUUUAAACCAUCUCUCCACCAGAGUGCUGUGAACAAGGCCUUGCAGAGUCCAAAUGGACACCUGGACUUGUUCCUCCGCUUCCUCCUGGGUCUUUCACUGCAGACCAAUCAGACUCUCCUACGAGGUCUGCUGACACAGACAGGAAGUAGCUCACAGACCAAUCAGGAAAUAGUCCAGUACAUCAAGGAGAAGUUCAGUGAGAAUCUGUCUGCAGAGAAAAGCAUCAAUCUGUUCCACUGUCUGAAUGAACUGAAUGAUCGUUCUCUAGUGGAGGAGAUCCAACAGUCCCUGAGAUCAGGACGUCUCUCCACAGAUAAACUGUCUCCUGCUCAGUGGUCAGCUCUGGUCUUCAUCUUACUGUCAUCAGAAAAAGAUCUGGAUGUGUUUGACCUGCAGAAAUACUCUGCUUCAGAGGAGGCUCUUCUGAGGCUGCUGCCAGUGGUCAAAGCCUCCAACAAAGCUCUACUGAGUGGCUGUAACCUGUCAGAUAUAAGCUGUGAAGCUCUGUCCUCAGUGCUGAGCUCCCAAUCCUCCCGUCUGACAGAGCUGGAUCUGGGUAACAACAACCUGCAGGAUUCAGGAGUGAAACUUCUGUCUGCGGGGAUGAAGAGUCAAUACUGCAAACUGGAAACGCUGAGACUGAGUGGCUGUAACCUGUCAGACAGAAGCUGUGAAGCUCUGUCCUCAGUGCUGAGCUCCCAGUCCUCUAGUCUGAGAGAGUUGGACCUGGGUAACAACAACCUGCAGGAUUCAGGAGUGAAGCUUCUGUUUUCUGCAGUGGAAAGUCCAAAGUGUACACUUGGAAUUCUCAGGUCAGGAUUCAGUCUUUUCUGAUGAUGAUUUAAAACCUGAGUCAGGUCG